CAUAUCCUAGAAUAAGUGAAAAAUAACCCCUACCUUGGACUAACGUUUUCAGACGACCUCAAGUGGAACACCCACAUAAUAAAAAUAUCAAGAAAAGCCAUCUCGACCCUUGGCUUUCUCAAAAAAAAUCUAAAGCUUUGCCCAUCGUCUUUUGCAUGGUGUACCAUUAUUUUUGGCAAGUGAUGUUUUGUGUGGCUGCUCCCAAAUGCCAAAAAACUUUACCAGGAUCCAUGCUCGGUAUUCCAAAGAUGGGAUGGCAACAAAACUGUUAUUGAAAGACUUCCGUGUACUUGGAGUGAGUCACAGCACUACGGUAUGGUUCUACAACAUCCGCGGUGUGUUCCAGGUGGUGUUUGAAUACCAGGAAAAAAGUGUACAAAGAGACUGCCUGUCAAAACUUAAGGAUAUUUGGCUCUGUAGAUAUCACGACGACAAUCUUCCAGAUAGUCUCAGUGUUACACUGAACAUUCAUGUUCUCCACAACAAUCCUAGCUCUGUUGUACAGGAGGACCACAAAUUGUUGCCAAAUAUGGGUAGUGAACAUUCGCACCGCCUAGAUGAAGAACAGGAGUUGUUUCCCUUGACAGAUGGAGAGGUUGUCAUAGAGCUGGUUAAGCACAACAGGAACAGUUGUAGUGGUCUUCAUUCAAGGGAUGAAAACACAAUCCCUGAUAACUCUGUGGCAAAACAUGACCAAAUUAAUGGGAAUUUACUGCUGGAUAAUGUUGUAAAUGGUUUGCACACAACCAACACUCAAGAGAAUACCAAUGUGACAGUAGGACAGACACCCCUUGCAACUAACAAUGUCCUUAGUCACGAUUCUAAAAGUGAGGACAAUAUACAGGUGUUGGAAGGAAAAGAACUCCUAACAGCUGACAAAGUCCAUCCCUGCAAUUCUUUCAAAACUAGAGAAGAGGGUGCACAGGAGAUCGGAGGACAGAAUCGCCUUGUAGACGACAGUGUUCACCUCUGUCACUCAUGUGGCUUGAUAAACUGUCCAUCAUUUCAAUCAACAGUGAAUGAAGAUGGUGAAACAAUUUGGGGAACAUGUCAAACAUCUGGGUUGGAAAGGAGCUUACUGCACAAGCCACUCUGCUGUAGUAAGGCAACACAGAUCGACACAGUGCCCCGGACUGUUACAAAGGUUUCUGUGGGUGUUCAGACUGAUCAAUAUGUCUCAAUAGUUCAAGACUAUCUGAAAACUAAUUCUAAAGCUGCAACACUUAGAAACUCCUCCCCUCAGACAGAUAUCACCAUGGAAACAUUGGCUGUUCUUACUCCCUCCUGUUUAUUUUGUACAAAAGAUGGAACAAAGUUUCAUGGAAAAUGCUCCAAAACAAACUGUCAGGAAAAACCUUAUUCAAAACAGUGUUCAAGAACAGAUGUGAUGAAGGAAUGUGUUCGUGUUCUAGAGACUUUAAUAAAAUACCUUGUUCAAAUGCAACCUGAUUACCACAAUCUUGACCUCUUUCCUGUUGUAAAAAGGUUUCGUAUUGUACUCCAAUUAUUAAUGCAAGAAAUACAUCUGGAGGAAAAUCAAGGAUUUCCAUUUCAGUUAAUUCAAGAGUACCUAGAUAUGUUAGGGACAGGGGGAAGCACCCACAAUGCAUAUGACACCUGGGGAAAUUCCUCACAAAGGAACACGUUUUUACACAUUGUCAGUCAGUGGUUGGGUCAAGAAUUCCACAAGUUUGAGCCUAAGAUUUCUCAAAGGGUGGAGGACUUCAAACAAGGGCAUAUAAACUGUAUUGACAACUUGCCUCCAGCUGAGAGCAUCAUUGACCUUGUGUUCCCCAGUUGUAUGAAGGAGCUGGUUGUGAGCUGGACUAGCAGAGCUUCCCCGCGUGGACAUAGGGGUAGUGAUCACGACUAUAGUCCUCCGGUAAAGAAGAUUUGCACAAGUGACAGUUCAUCACCAGCCUACCCUCUGGUGCAGCAUAUACUGGAGUUUGCUAACCAUGCCUUGGUGUCUGGGGUGGCUCAUGUCGUCUACUCCAGGCUUCGACAUUCUACAUAGCAUUAUGCAAUCCAUCAAAACAUCCUACAUAAUGUAACCCUUGAUUAAGACUAAGAAUUAUUUGCUAUCUGUGAUUAUCAUAUUUUUGUACACUACCAAAGACAACAUGUCACAAUCAAUGUGCUGCAAGAAAAAAUUGAAUAUUAAAAUUAUGUAAAUGUCUGUCAAAUUAAAUUAACUACCAAUAUUACAGCUGUUGUCUUUUGUCAUAUCAUCUCAUUUUUCCUAGAUUAAGUGAUCUCGUAAAAUGUACCAUGAAAGAUGAUCAUUUGAUUGUUAAGUAUUUUGCCAAAUGUAUUUCUAUUCAAUACUUCGAAAUUUCCUAUAUACAAUUCUUUUUCUCUUAUUCAGCACCAAAAAAAAUCAACAUUUCGUAAUCAAGAUAAUUAAGUUAGCAACAAAGACAAUAACAAUUGUGGUAUGUUUUCUUUCCAUCUUUAUUACAAAAGGUCAAUAUUUACGAAGCACCAUUGUUACAUAAUGCCAGAAACUGGGGCUGUCCUAGAUAGGGAACUGUGCACUACGGACACAAACGCUCGCACACAUUUAACUAGCAUCCAUUCCAAAUAUUCUUCAAGCACUGCUACAAAAACUCAAAGAGGAUUCAUACAGCUUCUUUCAUUCCAAAUCCACUUUAUACAAGUAGCAUAACUAUCAAAGCUAUACAAAAACACCUUACACACCUGACAUAUCUAUUAUUGUGUAUACUACUAUACUAGGCUAGUGCUUGUACACAUUCAUCACACAACUAUUAUUUCAUGUUCCACUCCAAACUAGUCCAGUGUUAUGUCUCUCAGUCUACAAUAACUAAUAUUGUUGGCAUCUUCCACAGAAAACGUUUAAACGAGUAUUCCUUAACAAUAAACAAUUAUUUCUAUUUUGUUAAGUUCAGUACAUUAAGUAGUAUUUCUAUGUAAACAUGUAUGUGUACAGCUGGUACAAAAAAUCUACACUGUAGGAGAGAGCAACAUUUUAUAUAGCUGAGGGCCAUCAAAAAGCUUAAUCGCUUAAGUUUAGUUUGGUCCACACUAUCUCUAGUAUGCUUGAUCUGUUCACAGAGUUAGAUGCUUGUUGUAACAGAGAGAAGUUAAGGAUUCCUUUACCACUGCCAAAAACUGUAACCAUUCAUUGUAUAUUGUAUUAAUUGUUUCUGAAAAGAAAACCAUACCUUUUAUGAAAAAGUUAAAAGAUACAACAGGAGUUGAACCCUAGACUUCCGGGUCCAUAUUCAUGAAAUUGUUCCCAUGCUCAAGCCUUAUUUCUUGUUCCGUUUACAAAUUAAUAAUGAAAUAAUAUUUUGUCAAUGAUUUGGAAAAUAAUUUUGAAGAUACUUAAAGCCAAUACUGUUUUCAAUGUUUACAUUUGACUUGACCAAGCAAACGAACAGGUGCCAUGUAAACAGAAGUUUCAUGGCCCUGUAGUGCUUAAGUUAUAUAUUUACCGUUUAUAGGAAAAAACUACUAUGGAGUUCUCUUACAUUUUGCAUGCAGUGGGAGAAGAAUCCUUAAGUCUCUCUGUUGUAAAGAAAUGUUUUAUUGUAUUCAGCUUCAUAGCCCUUGUGCAACUGCAUGUUUCUCUAAGUUAUAUAAAUACUGUAUUCAGCCCAAUAAUCAACUUGGGUGUUUAGUAAUAUCAGAAUGGUUGCUAAACCUUUCAAACUUCUGUAAGUUGGCGAAUUAUGGAGAUGACAUGGGACACUCUCCCCAGAAAAAAGGACAGAGUGUUCACUAGUUUUAGUGCAGUAGUUAUAUGUAUUGGGCUAUGUAUAAGUACAACUAAGUGCCCAUAUCAUCAGGUAUGUGAUGGAAAUAAUGGAUAAGUGUUAUCUCUGUGAGGUGAAAAUGGCAAGCAGUUUGUGUAUCAGUUAUACAGUGUACAAUAUAUAUCGGAUGUUUGAAACACAACACAAAAGAGACAGCCUUUUUACUGAUAACCACAACAGCAUUCAUACAAAAUACAUAAGAUAUUCAGACACACUUGUAUGACAUAAAGACUUAUUCAGACAUACUAAAUCAACUCUUCAUUAAUCAUGCUGUCCUCUUACAUUUGAAAAUAUAACUGAGAAAGUACCUGUCAAUGGAUGCAUUAAUCUACCAAAGAUCAAAAACCCUGUAUGUCAAAAAGACUGCAGAAAAUAUAUUGAUUCAUAUGAAAUGUACCAGGAAUCACAUUUAACACAAGAAUGACACUGUUGAUGAACACACAACAUCAAUGACAGGCAGGGAAACCUCAGUAAAAGCCUAUUUCCAGGCGGGGAAGACAAUGGGUACAUGAUCAAAACAG